UACGAGAGAAAGAGGAAGAGGAAGAGGAAGAAGAAGACAUGGCGACUCUUUGUGGAUAUCAAGAUCGGGAAGAAUGGGGCUUAGUUUCGCGAAGCUAUUCAGCCGCCUCUUUGCGAAGAAUGAGAUGCGGAUCCUGAUGGUGGGGCUUGAUGUCGCCGGUAAGACGACCAUCUUAUACAAGCUCAAGCUCGGGGAGAUCGUCACCACCAUACCCACCAUCGGGUUUAACGUUGAGACUGUAGAGUAUAAAAAUAUUAGCUUCACCGUCUGGGAUGUUGGUGGUCAGGAUAAGAUCAGACCUUUAUGGAGGCAUUGCUUCCAGAACUCCCAGGGUCUAAUAUUUGUUGUUGACAGCAAUGGCAAAGAUCGUGUGGCUGAAGCAAGGGAUGAGCUUCAAAGGAUGCUUAAUGAGGUAGUUCUCCAUGCAUAAUGCCUCUAAUCUUUUAUCUUUGAUAUUGACUUGUCUUUAUUUAGCAGCGACUAUAAAGCUGACAUAAUUGGAUGUACUAUUUAUUUGCAUAUGGUAAUGGCUUGCAUGUUAUACUAAAAUUAGAUAUGUCAAUCCACUUGAUUAAAAUUGAUAUUUGUA